AUGACUCUCCCGAGGACAAUCAGAGUUAGAAACUCCCAAACGAAGGAAACUUGGGGGGAAGUUGGCGAAGAAGGCGAGGCCCACAGUGAAGAUCUAGAUGAGGAGUUAGAAUCAGAAGCAGAGUCUGAAGUAGAGAGCCAUGAGGAUGAAUCGUCCGUUAUCGCCAAUGAUGACCCAUAUGUUUCACACUUUGGCUCGUCUCAAGAGUCUGGCCCCUCGAUAUUAACAUCUGCUUCUCGUUCUGCGAUUGAUACCCGUAAACUUAUCGCUCAGCGACUGACUCUCGGAACUGGACCAGAUGAACUAGGAGCAGUGGUACUAUCUCAUCCAGAAGGAGUGGAAUUGGGCCAGACACCGAAAACGAAUAAUGGCAACAACGCUCGUUUAUUAGCUCAUUCCAAGGCUGCAGCCGCUGCUACUGAAGCAGCCAAGUCUGGAUCCUCAAAAGUAUCUUUACCAGAUCCCCCUUCAGACGUGAGGGAUCAAGGAUUUACCCGCCCAACCGUCUUGAUAUUACUUCCUUUCCGAAACUCGGCCCUCGCCUUUGUUAAUACCCUAAUUUCGGCGCUUGAAACCUACCAUAACAAAUUACGCCCGAUUCCUAAGCGAGUAUGGUCUGCCUCCAGGCGCGAGGAUAAGCUUUUGAGUGCCGAGCCCGGGACUUACCCAUCUGAUCAUGUUCGAAACUUUGCCGGUAACACCGACGAUGCAUUCAGACUUGGCAUCCGCUUGUCGAAUAAGGGGAAGGGAUGGAGGUUGUUUUCGGAUUCCUUAACUCAGACAUUAUCAUUGCGAGCCCACUAG